CUCUCAGAAGAGGGUGUGGCCUAAAGCGAGCACUUCGCGGGAGUGAAAGCAACUUGCUGUCAUCAUAUAGCCCUACAGUUUACAACCUCACGAGCACACGACUAAUUACGAAUCCCAUGAAUUGACAGCGUUUUUCUUUCCGGCAGUUUGUGGAAUAACAUGAACGGACAUUUCACGAAGUGAUUUUGAAGCACGACACAUAUCUGGUGUCAGAGCAUAACAACCCUGGAAAAACAUCUACUGACUUACAACGCGUUUUUGAAGGCUGUAACUGGUAUGGCCCGACCAGAGAUGGAAAGCAGGGUGGAUGAUCGCAACCCCGGAGCACCAAACAGCUGCAGGAUGGAGGUGUUGCGUCAGGAUGCCUGGCCGAGCGGCAGCAUCGUCCAGCCCUGCCACCGGCACCGAACCAUUGCCACACAGACCAGCACUGUCUCCGCACCACUACCCUACGUCCCCACACAAGAUGCCUUCAGCUCAGACAGUGUUCAGCAGCAGGACAGUCUACUCAGGGAUAAUACAGGUACAGAACAGGAACUCUCCAGCCCCAGAGAGAGACUGCUUCCCCUGCCAGAUUUGGUAGGAGACCACUCAAGCUCCUCAGAAGACUCGUCCGGCAGCUCUACCAGUGAGGACAAUCCCAGCUUGGAGGAGCAAACAGUGGAGAGGGUGGCUUCAAAGCUGAGGACAAUUGGGGAUGAGAUGAAUACAAUAUUUCUUCAGAGGAAUGCUGCCCCACACUGGCACAACUGGAGAGGCCUGUACCACGGGCUUGUCACUUUCGUCGCCGACACCAUCAAUGCUUUCUACCAGCACGGGCUCAGAUAAACAGACGGGUUACGUCACAGGAAGAGUGCAGGCGCUCUCCUGCCGACCACUUAAAGACUCUGGGACUUUUCUGCAGGAUCAGAUGUCAUGUUUGGUUCUUAAUCUGUGUUUGUUUGUUUGUUUGUUUUGUACAUCUUUUUUUUUCAUGAAUUCUCAUGUAGCAUAGUGACUGAAGCGUGUGUCUCGGUAUAGACGUCAGUAGGAAAGCGUGGCUCUCGGCGUGUUUGCAUACUCCUUUGCAACUUUAACUGCAAUGCUGAGAAGUUACAUUAAGCCGGCUCAGUCUCUAACAAACAGAGUGAUUAGAUCUGCAUAGCGCCUCGGGCCCAGAAGUGCAUUAUGUGUCAUGGGUUUUCCUCUCAGUUGCCUUACAGGAGCAAUAACUGCGCUGCACUAUCAGUCACCAGUGGCGCAGGGCGCGCACCUGCACACCAUUAAUGGAAAAUGGGCGAUAAUUAUUGAGAUAAUGGAAUGCUCAUGUACUAUAGUAAUGGAGCACAGUUGGAUCGUGCCUUGCUAACACCCUUUUUGAACCCUUCCUUUACUAAAGCCAUCAGGGACAAUCAGCAGAUGGUGUGCGGGUAAACCGACCCUGUUGCCCCCUACCUGAAUCUACACUUCGGGACACAAAUUUGCCACUUAAUUCAAAGAUUGGUCACCUCCAAUGGAGGUACGGGAGUGAGGCUGGAAGCCAUGUGGAAAAGCCAGACCACUUCUUAUCAAAAUGGCUGGAGAGCAGUGUUAAUAUUUGUAUGGAUGUACAUAUUUGGUGAGAAAAAAAGGACAGGAUAGAAUAAACAGGGAGUUUUGUUUCUUAUGUGUUUUGUAUAUUUUGAUGAAAUGACCUUAAAGUACUUAACAUUAAGUUCCUUUUUUCAGUUUCAUAUUUGUUUUGUUCUUUUUUUGGACCAACACUGGAAGCAGUUGUUCUAAAAUCCAGUGGAUUUCUACCUAUUUGCAAUUUAUUUAGGAGUCCUGUAAAAAGAUAAGUGAAAAUCCCCAUAAAAUGUACUUUUCAUAAAGAAUUCUCAAAUAAAUAUUUGAGAAGCACAAGCUAAUUUAUUUUGUAUGUCCAUCAUUUGUACUUUUGAUGAUUUGUUAUUGAUAAAAAUAUUCAUUUUCUGCAAUGAUCAAGUGGAUUAAAUAAGCAUGGAGAUAUAUGCAUUAGUGUUGUGUUCUAUGGACCAAAUAUCUCUCUGAAGGUUGUGAGAAAAAUCCAUUUGUAUUUUCUGCUGUAACUUAUUUGUAUACAAAAAGGACUAAACUGAGCCAAACUUCAAUCAUACUUGAACAAGUUUGUUCUCUACAGCCCUCUUCGGGCGGCAAUUCUUUCUCAUGGGAAUGUAAGCUAUUUUCAGCAUUUACGGGGGUUAGUCUGUGAUUUCAUUGACGUCCGAAUCCAGGGGCCAGUUGCAUAAACAGCCAUUAUGUUAAGAUAGUGUCAGGGGCAGUUGAUCUUACUUUUCGGUAUUACAGUAGGCCAAAUUCCAAUCUACGUUUUUAUGUACUGACUUAAAAAAAAAGUUGUAAGGGUUGGUUCACACGGAACGCUUUUUGCUGCUUUCUUGCUGUUUUGCAGGUCAGUGGAACGGAAAUAAGACGCGUUUUUAAAAGCUGAACUCAUUUUAACUUGAGCGCCGCGCGAUACGCUACAAAAGUCGCGAGACGCUAGCGUGUGUUUACAUUGAAAAACAACGGAGAAGCAGCACAGUCGAAUGGAAAAACGCGUUCAAUAUGAACGGCCCCUGAACCAGAAUGUCAGUAUUUUUCCUCUUCCACCCGCUCCACUACAGCGAGUGGGCGCUAUCAAGAAGAAUCUGUAGAGAAGAAAAGCACAUAAGCAUUUGAAAUGAGACGUUAUGGCAGAAACAGGUAUGCAAUACAAUUUCAAAAUAUGUAUUGUAUACAUUUAUACAUUAAAAACAUGAGCCAAGCCGCUAUGUUUACCUUAUGUAGGCUUAAAUAAGAGGUUGCAUUAACUUAUUUCUGCAAAUUUCUACAUUUUUUAAACUACAUCCAUCAUUUUGAGAUAAAAUUUCAACUAUGGCACGUCUAUUUUCCUAUUUUUAAACAGCAGAUUUAAAUAAUCAAAUAAUAAAUAGGAUAUAAUUUUCUUAUUAAAUUAAAUAUAAAUUUAUUCUUAAUAUUUCAAGCGUAUGACAUUUUAUUUACUGACCACGUGAGUAGCGCGUUUCCGGUUUCGUAGGAUUAUGGAACUGAAUAAAUCCCCAACCGAAUGCACGAGUUUUAUCACUGAGGUGCCAUUCAAAUUUAUUUUUACAGACGUCCACAUGAGAAACAACUGCCGUCUUAAUAGGGCUUAUGAAUCUACGUGUCAGAUACAGGUCUGCCUGGGCCUUUUACAGAUACAUAACACUGUUAGCUUAUGGGUUUCAAGCACUCCCCUCAGAAACCACAUUUGAAAAACUGUGGCCAGUCGGUGGGAAAACUCCUUUAACCACUCAUUAUUGUUUGCAUUGGCUAUGUCAAACAGAGUUUUUAUGGUAUAUUGUGGAGCAGAGAUUCCUUUCCUGUGGCUGCCUGUCUCAUGACUUCCUGUAAAACAGUUGUGUGGUCUCCUUCCUGUGGCCACCUUGUGACUUCUCAUCGAUACACGUGUUCUCCGAUGCAGAAAGGCCUUAUUUGUACUGUCAGAUUUACACUAAACUCAUGUCAAACACAUUUUCUAGCUUUGUACUUUUGUCGUUUGGAAUUUCUGAUGUAAAAUUUCUACAUGAAUUUUUGUAUUGUUUCUUUUCCCUUACCAUUUUCAAUAAAUACGAGAAUUACAAA